UCCCGUGUCCUGGCGGGCACGCGGUAGCGGCUGUUGGGUGGCAGUCUGUCUCGGGCUGGCCGGUUCGGGUUGUUAUUUUUAGCGGUUGGUUCGUAUUGCGUUGUGGGAGUCGCGAGAGUUCUCUCCUCUCUCAAGCAGAUCGAAGACGCACUUUGCUGCGCGCUCUCCUGCGAAUUUACGGUAAACCGAAAGGAGGAUAACGGAUUUUGCUGAACAGCGGAACGAACGCGAACGCGGGUAUUAUUGCAGUCAUCUGUCAUAAACCUAGGAUUUCCAGCCACAACCAACGCUUGCUGGUCAGGGUAAACAGAUAUGGCUAGUCCCGUAGGGGAGCGUGAAUGUUCAAAUUCCACCGGGGAUGAACAUGAGCCUGCACCGGCGCCGAAACAUCCCGAACAGAGCCAUCCCGAGCCUGCCUGUAUAGAGGCGCAGAAAUGGAUUGAGGCGGUGACUGGGCGGAGUUUUGGAGACAAAGAUUUUCGGGGCGGACUGGAAAACGGGAUCCUGCUGUGCGAGCUACUGAGUUCUAUCAAACCAGGACUCGUCAAGAAGAUCAACAGACUUCCCACACCUAUUGCAGGACUAGACAACCUGUCUGUGUUCCUGAAGGGCUGUGAGGAGCUGGGCCUGAAAGGCUCUCAGCUGUUUGACCCUGGAGACCUGCAGGACACCUCCAUACGUGCCAACUUGAAGGACUCAGACUGCAGCAGAAAACUGAAGAAUGUGUUGAUUACAGUGCUCUGGCUGGGCAAGGCAGCUAGUGGCAAUGCCACUUACAACGGACCCACGCUGAACAUUAAGGAGUUUGAGGGACUGCUUUCACACAUGAGGACGGAGUGUGAGGAAGCAGGAGACUGCACCAGACGCAGUGUGAGGGACAGUGGUUAUGACUGCUGGGACUCGGAGAGGAGCGACUCUCUCUCUCCUCCCCGUCACGCCCGUGACGACUCUCUAGACAGCUUGGAUUCUUUUGGCUCACGUUCCCAACACAGCCCUUCUCCUGAUGUGGCAAAUCGGGGCAACAGUGAUGGUGACUCGGAAGUUGACAACAGGAAGCCGGACGUGCGAAGGGACGACAUGUUGGCGCGGCGCACGGCCGGCAGCGGCGAAUCACGCAGCUCCGUCCCCUUCAACCAGUUCCUGCCAAACCGGGCCAACGCCACCGCCUACGUCCCCACGCCACGGCGUAAAGUACACGCCGAGGACGGAGAGCAGAGGAGCCGCCCUGACCCAAUUGUAGAGGGUGGUCAGGGGUUAGGGGUGGGGCGAUUUAAGAGACCGGCUGGACCUCGUGCCAAAACCCUCAAGACUGUCACCUGGGCUCCAGAGAAUGGAGUAGACCAGGGGGCGGGGUCACAUGAGGAGGAGGGGCAUACACAGGAAGAGGAGGGGCGGAACCAGGAAGCAGGGGGGAAGCAGCGGCGCCUGCAGAUGCUUGAGAAGGCGGGGAUAAAGGUCCUGCCAGCCGCCGUCCGCUAUUCAAGCAUCCCUAAACCGCCUGCCUUGGAGGAACAGGAAGUGAGGUCACAGUCGCCGAGCAUCAUCCUCCGUUGCGACAACGAGUUCCUUACAAACCACAAGGCGGACUGGGACUCCUCGUCUGACGGUGAGGGGAAGGGGCCGGGGGCGGGGCCAGGAGGAGCGGGGAGGAAGGUUCCGGACGUGCAAAGGGACGACCUGGCCUCGCGCCGCGCCCCCCGGACCGCCACAGCUCCCAGGGUGCACCAGUUCGUCCCGCCGCCAGCGUGCAGCAGGAAGGAUCGGGAGCGCUGGGAAGACAUCCGCAGGGCGUCCCAGCAGGCCCUGCAGGAGAGGGAGAUCAGUGACAGGGAGGCAGUGCCUGACAUCAUCACGCGCAGAGACAACCCGUUCCUCAACUCCGCCCCUCGGCGCGAGGAGGAGGAAAACGAAGAGGGCGAGGGAGAGGGGGGAGAUGUUAAGACGAUACCCAAUAAGCAUAAGGAUGACCUGGCCCAUAGGCGGGCCCAAAAUAGGGCACGCCCACACAGGGACGGACCAAUGAGCUUUGUUCCCGCCCCCAUGACCCAGUCCGAUCUGGAGAAGUGGGAGAGACUGAGAAUGGCUGAACCCAGUGAACCUAGCCCCGCCCCUUUGUGUAAGGCGUGUCUGGAGAAAGGGUCCGGAAGCCCGGUCCCUGCCACAGCGACGGCGGGGCAGGGUCGUAGUAAGGUCGUGACCUUUGGGGGUGUGACGGAGCUGCAGCAGCCAAUAAGCACCAUCCCUUCAGGGCAGGGGGAGGAGUCUGAGUUGCUAAAGCGAAUGCUGGCCAAGGCUACGGUGGCCAUGCCCACCAUUGGUAUGGGCUCCCCGCUUACCGAGCGGGCACACAGCCGGUUUCGUGGAGCUGACCCUGCCCCGGCCCCUCCCCCCAGCACCUGCCUCACACCCAGAGUCGCAGAAGCCCCUCCCCCCAGCGCCUGCCUCACACCCAGAGUCGCAGAAGCCCCUCCCCCCAGCGCCUGCCUCACACCCAGAGUCGCAGAAGCCCCUCCCCCCAGCACCUGCCUCACACCCAGAGUCGCAGAAGCCCCUCCCACUCCUGCAGUUAUGGAAGCUCGCCUUGCUCAGUAUGGGAGAAGGAUGGAUGAAGAGGAGGAGGAAGAGGAGGAUGAUGAAGAAGAAGAAGAAGAGAGGGUCCCGGAUGUCCACAAGGACGACAUGAUGGCAAGGAGGACUGGGGUGUUCCAUAAGUCCGGUGUUGCCACAGCAACCUUUAACCGCUUCUUGCCUCUGCCGGCUUCCAAACGCUCCACUCAGGAAGUAGUCACUGAUGCCUGUCCCCGGAACAGGAAGGAAGUCCAUGAGGAGAAGAAUAGGAAGCAGAAGGAGAGAGCCCAACCACGACAACAUCAACCUAAUGUCCCCAUGGACACACUUCAACCACCUGUUGACACGGCAACAGUCGUCAGGGCUACCCCUCAGUGCGAGUGGGACGAUGAUGAGAAUGAGGAUGAUGAGUAUGAUGAAGAUGGGCCAGUUCCAGACCUGGAGAAGGAUGACAUGAUGGCUCGGAGGACCAGAGCGAACCAAAAGUCUGUGAAGGGGGGGGUUGGCCAGUCAUUUAACCUCUUUCUGCCUGUACCUGGAUCAGUCAAACUCAAACAACCCCCUGCGUCUGGUCAAAACUACCUCUCCCGCAAACGUAACCCCACAGACAUGGCCUCCAAGGACAGCAGCAUUGUUUCUGGGGCAACGGCACCUCAACAAGCGCCGCCCUUCAAAGCCCUAUUGAGGAAGGGUCCCGGGUUGGGGGAGAGGGAGAUGGAAGGGGGAGUCCAGGGGGAGGAACCAGGGAGAGAAGAGACCCUCCCCAGAACCUCUGUCUCAGGUCCCCCAAACCCCUCUGUCCCCCUCUCGCCCCCGGCCCCCACCCUCACUCCUCCUCCCACUCCUCCCCCUGCCCAGAUCAGCUGUGGGCUGAAAGAGGUAGACCGGGAGAGGGGUAAGGAGAGGAGUCAGGACAGGGGGAGGGAGGGGGGAGACCUCCCAUGGAGAAGACCCUCCUGGCUGGAGGAUGAUGACCUACCCCCCAUGAUGAUGAGUCGGCGAGUUGCUAAUGUGACUGAGGACUCAGAGAGCAUGAGCAUGAGUGACAUGCGCAGCGAGGAGGAGGGCGAGCACGUUCAGCCUUUGGGCCAAUCGCGAUACGAGCGCAUGCAGGAGCAGUACAAUCACAACCUCGAGGAGGAGGACCACUGGCGAGACGACCUGGCUCGCUGGAAGAACCGCAGGCGGAGCGCCUCUCAGGAGCUGAUCAGGAAGGAGGAGGAGAGGAAGAGGAUGGAGAAGAGGAUGAAGGAGGAGGGCAUGGACGCCCACAAGAGGAAGAGCAUCAAGACCUACCGGGAGAUCGUAGAGGAGAAGGAGCGUAGGGAGGCAGAGUUGUGUGAGGCGUACAGGAGGGCAGAGACUCCGGAGGAAGCUGCUAUGGUUCUGCAGCGCUACGCUCUGCGGUUCACCAUCAGUGACGCGACACUGGACAGCCUGAAACUCCCUAGAAUUGGUCUGGACUACCAACCGGACUCGACCAAACCCGACCUGAAGAUCAAGCCAGCUCACACGACUGUUGACCAGGAACAGAGAGUGGCAAGAAACGGACAGGAAAACCAGUCCAAACCGGAACAAAAGCAGGAAGCAGAGAAGAACGAUCCUAGAACACAGGAAUGUGCCUCAGCUGCCGUCUUAUCCAGUCCCCCGGCACCCAGUGACCCUCCCACUGUCCCACACACACAAACCCAGAACGCUGAACCUCAAACCCGGCACGCACACACCGAGCCUCGAAAGCCCGAACCGACCCCCAAGCAAGCUCACCCUGAAGUACAACACCAGCCUCAGCCCCCACAAGCUCACACCCAACACGCACAGCCCCAGCCUCAGCCAACACAAGCUCACACCCAACACGCACAGCCUAAACCCCAACACACUCAGCCUCCGUCACUGCACGCUCAGCCUCAGCCCUGUGGACACACCCGUCUCUCUUCAGCCUCUUCCGGACCUCCACCGUCUCGACCCAUGCCCCUGCUCACAGCCAAGCCCUACAGCCAACCAAAACACAUUCAGACUGGACAUAAAGCAGUCAAGGUGGAAGGGUUGGUUCAUGUGAAUGGAAAGAGUGUUGAGGAGGGCAUGUCCGUGCCCCUCCUCCCCUCCGCUCCUCUUCACUCACCUGAGGGGAGCAAAGCUCCUCCCACUCAACAAGCUACAGCCAAUCAGACAGCAAAUGAAACGUUGACUCCACAGCAACCAGAACUGGUGGCAACGACGACCUCUGGUUCAUCGGCCAUCAGCUCCCUAAUUGGUGGGAGGAACUGCAUCGUUACGACAACUAUUGUGACAGAGCUCAGCCAGACAUACAUGGAGCCAUACCCCUCUAAUCUAUCUAGCAACACACAGCAGAUCAAUGGCACCAUGGGGCUGUUACUGCAGCAAGAGGGGGAACAGAAGGAAGUGUUAUCUGGUUCUGCACCCUUUAGCUACCAGCAGACCUAUUCACCCACAGUGACAGAAGGACUUGAGGAAAGCAACGUGACUAUUGAGACCCCCAUGUUGAACUUGGCUAAGCGUGUUAAUCACUGGGUCUGGGACCCCAAUGAGGAGCGCAAACGCCAGGAGAGGUGGCAGCAAGAACAAGAGCGUCUCCUACAGGAGCAGUACCAGCGAGAGCAGGGGAAGUUGAAGGAGGAGUGGGAGAGAGCGCAGAGGGAGGUGGAGGAGGAUGAGAGGAGACACAACGAAGAGGAGCGACAGAUACUUGAGGAGACUGCGGCACCUCUUAAUCUGUCCACUCUGUCAAAACAGCCCAGUCAGGUAGAAGCAAUCUCGUCUGCUCAGCAGGACUCUCUGACAAAAACAAAUGCUGCUACAGCGGUCAGCCACAAGGUGGCGACGAUCACACUGGAUCAGCCAGACCUAGAGAUAGAAGCAAGAGAUAUCACACAGCAAAACAACCAAAGAGUUCCAAUGAUGAGCGAGGACCAGCAUGGGGUGUCCCAACUACGCUUUGUCCAAGAUGCAUCGUGGGAAAAUGAAAGAAAACAGGAAUUGUGGAAAACCUCAUCUCUGGACCGCAACGCACAGAUUAUUCAGCCCAGUACAGUUAAGAGGUCUGGUUCUCAUGACAUUGUAGGAACACACUCACCGUCGUCAUCACCACAGCCUACCUUAUCAAGCAGAUGUGUGAGUGGGAAGAAGCUGUGCUCUGGUUGCUCUCUGACACUGGGGAAGGGAGCUGCCAUGAUCAUCGACACACUGGGACUCUUCUUCCACAUCCAGUGCUUUAAGUGUGGGGUGUGUGAAGGACAGCUGGGGACGACCAGGGCUGGGACAGACGUGAGGAUACGGAAUGGGGUCCUGAACUGUCAUGAGUGCUACAUAACCUCCUGUGCGGCAGGUCAUCCCACCACGCUAUGAUAGCCUAGGUGAUGGAGCUAUAGCAACAUAGAAUGGCUUUGAUUGGACAAGUCCUGACCAUCUCCAUUUUGAUUGGAGCAUUGGACUUAUUCCACAGAAUCUGAAAUGUAGUCCUAAGAUUAUCCUGGAACAUUCUGGAAUACUCAACUUUCUGGAAUUUUCAUGUCAAAAGGAAAUGCACACAGGUCUGGGGACAGAAGCUGGGUGGCAACGUUGAAAACACACACACAUGCACAAACACACACGCACAAACACACACGCACACAGUUAUUUCUAUACCAGUAGCACAGUAUUUUAUAUGACUGCACCAACCUGACAGACCUGACUGUGUGGGUUUGUCCACAAUGCUAAGCAAUACUAAAGCACAAUCAAAACUCAUCUACAGAACUAUGACGAGCACACACUUUAACUCUUCAUGCUACUGUCUAAUGCUGAUGUCUUUAGAUGGCCCACGAGUGUCUUUGACAAGAGUACAAAGUGAAUGUACGGCUAUUCAUUAACCCCUAGCAUGCCAGCUCAGAAACCAUCUCCAGUCUCUCUGCAAAGCAAAAUAGUAGCUUGACCAUCGUAAUGCCUUAAUCAUCGUACUUUUAUCUGUACUUGUUUUAUUGUUUGUUUGUUUGGUUACAAUUAUGCAUGAAUGUGAAACCAAUAUAACUUGUUGUGUUUGUGUGUGACCUGUGUGUCAGGUGACAUAGUGUUGCUCAGAGCUGGGCUUAACUGACGGCCUUGUGGAAUCGCUGACUUCUUGAUAACAUUUUUUAUCUAACAUCUUCAUUCGAUUCACCAUCGUCAUUUUGAAAUGUUUAGACAGCAAACACUAGCACAACAGGGCUGGAGAAUUUAUAAUCUUUGUAAUGUAUUAUAGUAAGAACGGGAAUGCAUGGAAUUGUUUCUUUUAAAACACUUAUUUCAUGUUGUGUUUACACGUCUUUAGAUAGUAGUGUAAUCAAGUCAGUGCCUUAAGGAAUGGGGAGCUGGCACACAAGGGGAAAUCGAGAGCUACUCUCUCUCUAACAUUCUAAAUAAGUGUUCCCCAUAAAUGUUACUAGAUAUUUUUGAGUGGAAAAAAUUGGACUGAGCUGGGCACUGCACAGUUUGUGUGUGUGUGUGUGUGAGAGAGAGAGAGAGAGAGAGAGAGAGAGAGAGAGAGAGAGAGAGAGAGAGAGAGAGAGAGAGAGAGAAAGAGAAGAGAAGAGAGAGAGAGAGAGAGAGAGAGAGAGAGAGAGAGAGAGAGAGAGAGAGAGAGAGAGAGAGAGAGAGAGAGAGAGAGAGAGAGAGAGAGAGAGAGAGAGAGAGAGAGAGAGAGAGAGAGAGAGAGAGAGAGAGAGAGAGAGAGAGAGAGAGAGCGCAAAGUGCAGCACUACACUAGAAGCAGAAAGGAUGUAUCCCUUUUGUCAAAAAUGUAUCCACCAGCAUGGCCAGAUGAAAGACAACCAGACGCAUAGUUGCCAUCUCAGCCCCUCUUGUUCAUCUGAUUGGUUCUUCUCUUCCCUGCCUUUGCAAGAAACCAAUAAGAACUGCUACUUCCUGACUCUGCUCCACAACUGGUUUUACAUCAGUGUCUAUGAGGAGCCAAUGAGGGGAGGGAAGAGGAGCAGAGAGAUUCACGUUACUAUGAGAUAAGAUAAUUGUUUUGACUGAAUAGGGUUGUGUUGGGGGAUGCCGGCUCCAAACCAUGAAUCCAGGCACAAUUCCUCUUUCUUUCCCAACUGCUUCAGAGAUGGAUUAGAGAUGAGAAUUAAUUCUAGAUCUGUAGUUCCAUAUUGACCACUACAACUACAUGAAUUGUUGAACUGGAAGGUUUCAUGGCUUUUAUAGCAAGUGUUUGUCAAUAAAAUAUUUUCAACCUUUAACAUCUCA